CAAUAACAAGUCAAAGGUGCUACCAAUACCAGGACAUCCAGCUCAUACUCAGAGAAUUCUAACGCGCUGCUAUGAGUGUACGUUCAACACUUGCUGCUCUCAAACGGAGAGUCGCUUAUUAUAUUUUCCAAUUACCAUAUGACGAGAGAAACUGUGGUUUUUUAUCAAUACAAACUGUUGUGUCAUUUGAAUCGCACGUGUGUAUAUAAAGUUUGCUUGGAUUGCUUAGAUAUUACUAAUAUUUACAUUGUGCUAUGCCUUUGUGAACACAUCAUAUUUGCAUCUAGUUACGACAUCAUUUCGUCAAGCUUUGGUGUGCUAAAUUAAAACAAUAAAUUCUAUAUUUUCCUAACGAUGAACGCAACUGUGAUAUGUCGAUCAAUAGACUUGCCAUACUAAAAAAACUACACCUUCUGUUAUUGUUACUUUGCAUCAUAUUGAAAUAUUACCCAAAAGAAAGAGAAUCACUUGGGGAAAACCUGUCUCGACAAUGCGAGUAUGACAUUCAACAUUUAUGUCCCAGUUGCUUCCCGGGACCAAACGAGUGUAAUUUUUUCAAGGAUCGAUUGACAGCAGAUGAGAAUGAUCCUCUGGACCAGUUGGCAUGUCAAUUCAAUCAACAUGGCGUCAGCUACGGUGUGCUUGAUAAAAACCAAACAGUGGUCAUUAAAAGACUGAAUCAAAAUGAACAGGUGGAACAUCUUAGAGAUUUACUAUGCGAGAAAUUCAAAAUCGCUGAGAAAAAUUGCGAAUUUGGGAACGACGAAUUGUUUCUUGCGACGCUACGAAGGAUGGUAUUAAAUAAAGAUCGGGUUGAAGGCUGUAUUAUUUGCCCUGUCAACGAUGAGGCUGCUUUGGACCGACUUUUAUACAAAUUCAACGGACCUGAACUAUUGAAACUGAUAUUGAUAUACACAAAUGCGCAACCUUUGCUUCUUCAGUUACUCAAUGAAAACAACCUUAGGGCACCAAAGUUCAUGUUCCAAGGUGGUUUCACGCUUGUAGAGAGUUUCGAUGGCGACAGAUUAACCAAUUUCUACAGCAGCUCUAUCAAAACUAGACUAACGAUUGCUAACGAGCUAGUUAAUGCCAUACUGUCAAUCACGGAUGGAUUUGACGGUUUCAGGUUUUAUCUAACUGAUAUCAAUCCUGAUAACAUUGCAAUCAAGUUACAAUCGAAUGAUACUGUGAUGGUGUCUUUUAUUGAUGUCAACAAUAUAAUAGUGCUCGAUAGUCGAAGUGAUCGAUUGGGUCGUGAUCGACAGAAAACGGUUCAUACUCGAAUAGAAUGUGAUGGUUGUUUCGCUUAUGUGCAGGAUGAAAUCUGUUCGCACCAGUAUAGCGAUAUAAAUCUGUUUGCUAUUUGUCAAUUAUUUUUAGAGAAUCUCAAUGGAAACAGUAAUGCUGGAUUCUUGCACUUCGCUGAGAAUCGUCCUGAGUUAAAGCGAAUUCAGGAAUUACUAAAACAUUGUGUAUACUGCCAUCCACCCGACUGUCAGGAUCGAAAAAUGAUUCUUCAAGAAAUACAAAGAACUAUUCAAUUAAUUAAAUAAUUUUUUUGCGGUUAUGAA